AAAUGCUAUGGGAAAGACUACAUUUCCCAAAAAACCCCGCGCUCACCCACCGGAAGGAGUCUGUUAACACGAGGUUCUAAGUGUGAGGCUUCAGGGGUGAGCUGCUGGUGCGGCUGUCAGCGCGAUGCCCAAGGCCAAGGGCAAAACUCGAAGGCAGAAGUUCGGCUAUAAUGUCAACCGAAAGCGUCUGAACCGGAAUGCUCGACGGAAGGCAGCGCCACGUAUCGAGUGCUCCCACAUCCGACAUGCCUGGGACCACGCCAAAUCCGUGCGGCAGAACCUGGCAGAGAUGGGAUUGGCCAUGGACCCCAAUAAGGCGGUUCCCCUUCGUAAGAAAAAGGUGAAGGCCGUGGACAUGGAGGAGAGGCCUAAGGAGCUUGUGCGGAAGCCUUAUGUGCUAAAUGAUCUAGAGGCAGAAGCCAGCCUCCCAGAAAAGAAAGGAAACACCCUGUCUCGGGAUCUCAUUGACUACGUCCACUACAUGGUGGAGAACCAUGGGGAGGACUAUAAGGCCAUGGCUCGGGAUGAGAAGAAUUACUAUCAAGAUACUCCCAAACAAAUUCGGAAUAAGAUCAACGUCUAUAAACGUUUUUACCCAGUGGAGUGGCAAGCUUUCAUCGAUUCUUUGCAGAAGGAUAAAAUGGAGGUUGAGUGACUGGUUUAUACCUGUUUCAGGCUGAGGCUUCCCCCGGACUAUGAAGCUGGAGCCAGGGUUAAAGGCAAAGAGAGAGAGUGUGGCUUCUGAUGAGGCUGACCAAUCUGUGGAAUCAGGUUAUACACACCCUCCCACUCUGGGAAAGGAGGUGUCUUAGGGGCUCCAAUUUACAUUCUUUUGGGAGCUCUCAGAAAAGCCAGAACUUCUUGUUUUCAGAGUGAGUGCUUUAUUUGAAUAUAGUCUGUACAUAAUAAAAUCAGAUAUUUAAUUUCC